GGGCUGCAGGGAGCGCAGCGCGCGCUGCCCGGGCCCCGGCAUUGCUCGCCCUCCGGACGCAACCCUCCCGGAGCCGGGACCGCAGCCACUUCGGCCACCGCACCAGACGCGCCCCCCGCCGCGCGAGACGCCACAGCGGACGCGACUUCCCCGCGCCGGACAUCGCUCCCCGCGUCCCCCCCCCCCCCGCCUGGACACCGUCUCCUCUUCCUCUGCGGGCCCCCGCCGCGCCCCCUGCAUCCCCUAGGGGUCUCUGACUGAGCGCUGGACGUCGCUGCCCCCUUGUACCCCCGCGCGUCAAAGUCCCGCAGGUUCCGAGACCUCGGCUCUCGCGCCCGGAUGCCUCUCCCCGGGGGGCUGUGGUGGCUCCUCUGCUGCCGUCGGGGCUUCACCCUACUACAUCGCGACUACGGCGACGGCGAGUUCAGUGGGGACGGGGACGAAGACGAGGACGAGGAGACCUUCGAGCUGCGGACCCCCGGAUCGAUGGGCGGCGGGCGGAGUUCCCUGGAGGUGACGCUGACUCAGCCCGGGAGGAGUGGGCAGGUCUCUGACAGGCUGCAGAGCUGGGAGGAGACUCGAAGUCUCAUCUCAGAAAAGGGGCUGCAAGAGGACAACCCUGACUUGGUGGUGCAAGGCUGGCUAUACCGAGAGCCCCGCCGGGCUGGGACACGGCCAUGGCUGCCCCCGCGCCGGGCCUGGUUCGUGCUCACGCGGGAUUCCCUGGACCAGUUCAGUGGCAGCGGGAAGGGCGCACGGCACCUCAGCAGCCUGGUGCUCACAAGCCUGUGCUCAGUCACUGGUCCCGAGCGCAGACCCAAGGAGACCGGUCUGUGGUCCCUGACUGUGUCCGGCAGGAAACACAGCCUCCGCUUGUGCUCCCCACGCCAGGCCGAGGCAGAGCGCUGGGGGGUAGCCUUGCGGGAAGUGAUCGCCUCCAAGGUGCCCCUGGAGACGCCCACCCAGCUGCUGCUCCGGGACAUAGAGGAGAGCUGCGGGGACCCUGAGGCCGUGGCCCUCAUCUACCGGAGGAACCCCAUUCUGAGGCACACCAGUGGGGCCCUGUAUGCCCCACUCCUGCCCCUGCCCUAUGGAGGGGGCACCCCAGGUCCCGGCUAUGCACCCCUACGAGAGGAGGCAGUGCGGCUGUUCCUGGCGCUGCAGGCGCUGGAAGGGGCGCGGCGGCCUGGGCCCCUGAUGCAGGGCGUGCUGCAGACCUGCCGGGACCUGCCUGCGCUCCGAGACGAGCUCUUCCUGCAGCUGGCUAAGCAGACCUCAGGCCCCGCGGGUCCCCCGGGGCUCCCUGCUGCACAGGACCCCGCGGCCCUGCGCUACUGGCAGCUGCUCACCUGCAUGAGCUGCACCUUCCGGCCUGGGGGCGCCGUCCGGGGUCAUCUCCUGGGGCACCUGGAGAGGACCGAGCGGGCGCUCCCGGACUCCGAGCUGGCGGAGUACGCGCGCUUCAUCCGCAAGGCGCUGGGCCGCACGCGCGGCCGCGAGCUGGUGCCGUCGCUGGCGGAGAUCGCUGCGCUGAGCCGGCGGCAGGAGCUGCUGUGCACCGUCCACUGUCCUGGCGCCCGGGCCUGCCCGGUGGCCAUCGACUCGUACACUACUGCGGGGGAGGUGGCCCAGGAGCUGGUCGGGCGGCUGGGUUUGGCGAGGAGCCGCAACGCGUUCGCGCUGUACGAGCAGCGCGGGGCCCAGGAGCGCGCCCUGGCCGGGGGCACCAUCGUGGCCGACGUGCUCACCAGGUUUGAGAAUUUGGCGGCCGAGACAGCCGGGCCGCUGGAGUCGCCAGACGCGGACUGGAGAUUGUGCCUGCGCCUUCACGGACCUCUGCACCCCGAAGGACUGUCCCCCGAAGGCCCCCAGAUGCCGUUCCUUUUUGAGCAGGCACAUGCUCUGCUGCUGCGCGCCCGGCCGGCCCCGCCCGACGACGACGCGCUGCGCGCCCUGGCGGCGCUGCGCCUGCAGAACGCGCCCCGGGACCUCGGCCCGCGCGCACCUAGCCCUUCGCGCCCCUCCACGCUUUCCUCCGCCCUGCUGGCCGGGACCGCGAGGCGUGCAGAGCGGGGGGCGCGGCGGAGCGUGGGCGCAGGCGUGCGCGCGGGAGGAGAAGGAAGAGGCGAGGGAGGCGCGCGCCCGGCGGCCACAGUACUGGGUGGCUGGAAGCGGCUGCGGGGCCUAGGCCGAGCCGAGGCCAUGGCUGCUUACCUGGCGCUGGCGGCGCAGUAUCCGGGGCUCGGCGCUGCUCGGUAUGACGUUCUGGAGCUGAGCACGGAGCCUGGUGGAGGCGCUCCACAGAAGCUGUGCUUGGGCCUGGGAGCCACGGCCCUGUCCCUCUCCAGGCCUGGAGACACGGAGCCCAUCCACCGUGUCAGCUAUGGCUGCGUGGCCGCCUGCCAGCUGAUGGGCCCUCACACCCUGGUGCUGAGGGUCGGGGACAGCCAAAUGCUCCUGCAGAGCCCACAGGUGGAGGAGAUCAUGCAGCUGGUGAAUGUCUGCUUGGCCACCCCCGCCUUGGAGAGGCCUCCCUGCCAAGAACAGCCAGACACUGCCCCUCCUGGCCCUGCUCGGGGUCUGGACCAGUCCCAGGGACAGUCUGGCUGCCUGGGGCAGCUGCAGGACUGAGCUGCCAAAAGGUCACAGCUUCUUGUUGCCUCGGCUGGGCCAGGGCUGCCCUGGGACCCGAGAGACCUGGACCCCUUUGGCCCUGCAGGGACAGGGCACACCCCCACUCCCAGGACUGUGUUGGGUGUGGGCACUUUUCUAGUUUGUUUCUUAAUUUAUUUGUAGAACAGAAAUGAAAGAGAAACUUAUUUACACAAA